UGACACUGUUUUUUUUUGGUUGUGAUCCAGCAUAAAGAAGCAUGACACAUAUAGUGCUCCUAUUAAAUCCAAGGAAGAGUUAAUAUUUCAUGUUGGUUUUCGUCAAUUUGUGGCAAGACCAAUCUUCUCCACGGAUAAUAUGAACUCAGACAAGCACAAAAUGGAGAGAUUUCUUCAUACUGGGCGUUUUUCUGUAGCAUCAAUCUAUGCUCCAAUAUCUUUCCCUCCUCUCCCUCUGAUAGCCUUGAAGCAUGCUGAAGAUGGUUCUGCACCAGCUGUUGUAGCUGUAGGUUCCUUGAGAAGCGUUGAUCCUGACAGAAUAAUUCUGAAGAAAAUCAUUUUGACUGGUUACCCUCAACGUGUGUCUAAGUUAAAAGCCUCAGUCAGAAACAUGUUUCACAACCCAGAAGAUGUGAGAUGGUUUAAGCCUGUGGAAGUUUGGACAAAAUGUGGCUGUCGUGGUCGUAUUAAGGAGCCUGUUGGUACACAUGGGGCAAUGAAGUGUGUUCUCAAUGGAGUUCUUCAGCAACAUGACACCGUAUGCAUGAGUUUGUAUAAACGUGCAUAUCCCAAGUGGCCCGAACACCGGUUCCCCAUUUCGGAUGCUUGACCAGACGGACCGGCGGUCCGGUAUGGUUGGUAUUUAAUCCAGAAUCACAGAUGCAGAUGCUUGGGUCUGUGAACGGAAUGAAGCUCUGGUUCAGAAUAUGAAUUGUAGGUAAAAUUUUGGUGGUUUGCUCACAUGCUGUAGUGCGAGAUACUCAUCCUGGUGGUCAAUUUUUUGCCCCUGUAAAAUACCACCCAUUGGGAAUUUAGAAGCAUCAGUAAUCUAGUUUUUCCCCAUUCUUUCGAGGGUUGGAGCCGAGUUGAAUUCCUCUGGCUUGCUUUUGAUUGGUUCACCAUCUUUAUUUGGUUAAAGUUUGGUAAAUAUUAUGUGUUGCGCUCUUUAGUAUGACAUGAACUCGUGAGAAUUUAUGCAUCUGUAUGCAUUACCUCAGAAAA